AUGGUUACCAUCGAGAAUGCUAUAAGAAUUUUACUGCUUUGCCAAAAGGUAUUAUUCUGCCACUCCAGAAAAUCCAAAAUUGCCAAAAAAAAUUUAUCGAGUAAUGUUGAAAAUACAUCAGUUACAUCGACAUCAAGCCUACCAAGUAAUCUUGGUACUGAUAAUCAUCAAUGCAUACAAUUGACCUCAAGUCAACAAAAUAAUUCUAUAGUUCCAGAUUCAGAUGUAGUAUCAGACUCAACUCCAGUUAGUACUAUGUCUGAAACUAUUGUAAUACCUGAGCAAAGUGUUGAACCUAGUGUUGAAUUAGAAUCAGUUGAACCGGUGUCAUGUAUUUCUGAGGAACCUUGUGCGACAUUUGAAUGUGAUGUUAAUUCCUCUUCUCAUGAUGUUUCAAUUGAAAAUGAUAUGAUAAUUGACAAAACCCAGAGAUGUAUAUAUUGUGAUCAAAUGACUAAAAGACAUAAAUUGAAACGACUACCAUUGCAUAAGUGCGGUAAAAAUGAUUUUUUAAUCAAAUUAAAUGUUGAAGAAGAAGACUUGGCAGAAUUAAUUGAGAAAGUGCAAGAUGUAACGGAUUCAACAAUAUACUAUCAUAAAAAAUGUCAAAUGGAAUAUUCCUAUAAAAUAUCGUCAAAGAAAAAUAAAACUCAAACAUCUUGGCAUGAUCUUCGUAAACACCAUCAAGCAGUUUUUGAUGAAGUUUGUAAUUUUAUACAACAAAAUGUAGUAGAAAAAGGUCGAUGUUACUUUCUGACAUUUCUCCACAGGAACUACAUAGAGCUAUUUAACGAAGAAGUAGAAAACUCUAAAGAAGUUAUGGGGAAUUUCACUCCUCAUAACUUAGAAGAUAAAAUAAGCAAAGUAUUUACAAAGGAGAUUAAGUUCUUAAUAUGUCAUAAUAAGAAGGUACUUGCUCCGAAACAUGUUUCUGUUAUUGAUGAAGAGUUAGUAGACGAUUUGAGGGAUCAGGACAUUCUUAAUAAAGCUGCUUUGAUAUUGAGGAAAUCAGUACUACAAAUUGAGAAAAAAAAAUUGCCAAAUAAUUUAUCUCUUCAGGAUCUUAAAAACGGCGAAGUUUCAGUGCCAGAAGACUUAUCCCAAUUUUAUUGUACUCUUAUUGCAGGAAGUAACAGCAAAAGAAGAAACAAUUUUAAGUGUGUUCGACUAGUUAAAUCCUUGAGCUAGGAUGCUGUCUAUGCUAUCUUGAAUGAGACAUUAGUGAAUUGAGACAUUAGUGAAUUCCUUAAAAAUUCAGAAGACGCUGCCAGCAACGACAACAUCACUGAUGACGACGAGGAUGACUUGAAUGGACAAUAUCAUGAUUGGAUGAACGAUGAAAAUUCCAAUGACUGUGUCGAUAAUUGCGAUGAUUAAAAGAUAAACAAAUAUUUGCUGUAAUUAAUCAUAGUUAUAUAUUUUUUGGUAAAAUAAUUUUUUCUUAAAAUUUUUCUA